AUGAUUUCUUGUUUAUUAGCUACAACUAUAUCUUUUGAUCCGAUAAAUUACGAAGAAAAUCUCAGUAUGAAGUUUGAAGAACCGAUGGACAAAUGCGAUACUCAGCAACAGGAGAAUGUAAACCUUGUUAACUUGGGUUUAAAGGUAGUGAGAGAUUAUUUUAUUUCAAGCAACAACUUGAAAUCUAUAAAUCUUGAAAACAAUCAAAUAAUCGAAAUUGCUCCGUAUGCUUUUAAUGCUAUUCCAAAUUUGUCCUGUCUUAAUAUUCGUCGGAACAAUUUGACAGAUAUAUUUUACAACUUUCUACCAUCAUUCCGACACUCGUCAUUAGAGAAAUUAAAUUUAGCUAAUACAACAUUUCAAAGUGAUUUAGAUUAUUCGGUGAAUAUGGAUCCACUAAUUUCCGAUAAGGAAAUUGAACAAGGAGUGACAAAAGAUGCCAUACCCAAUCUCACACAUUUAGAUAUUAGUGACAAUAAUUUAGUGGAAAUACCGAAAUAUUUAGGUAUAUCAUUUCCUCGUUUGACGCACCUUUAUAUGUCGGAUAAUAAAUUAAACAGUAUAUUCUUCAAUCGUUUACCUGCUACAUUGGAGUAUAUAUAUAUAGAAAGAAACCGCGGCAAUCUUGAAUUGACUACAUUUCCAAAUAACAUUUCUGCUCUAUUUUUAAGCCAUAAUCGUUUAUAUUGGAGCAUCAAGCCUACCAAUUUAUAUCCAAAUCUAAAAGUAUUGUCUAUUCGUAAUUGCAAUGAUAUUAUUACAAUUAUUCAAUUUUUAGAAAAGGGAAAACUCGUUGAUUUGGAUAUAUCACAAAAUGAUCUAGUUUAUAUUGAAGCGGAAUUAUUCAAAAAUGCGAAAUCAUUAGAACCGAUCGAUGAAGAUGCUUUUUCAAAUUUGAAAAUGUUAGAAAAACUUGAUCUUGCUGAAAAUAAUUUGAUAAAGCUUCCUGAAUCAUGGAUGUAUAAUUUGGAACAAUUGAAUUAUCUUAAUUUGAAAUCAAAUCUGUUUUCUAACCUUGAUAGCAUGUCUAUAUAUGUUCGUUCAAAUCUCAGUCAUUUAUAUUUGCAACAAAAUAAAUUUGCAAGUAUUAAAAUAGAAAGUUUAAUGAUAUUACCCACAAACGUUGAAGUUUAUUUAUCAUCAAUAAAAAUAAGAAGGAAUAGAUUUAAUGUAUUUGAUGAUUGUUAA